AUGCGAGAAGGAAAAAUUGACAAGCUUAAGAGCAUGUAUCUGAUCGGUUUACCCAUUAAAGAAUUUGAAAUAAUUGAUUUCUUCCUUGGAGCUUCUUCGAGCGAUGAAGUUCUUAAGAUUAUGCCUGUACAGAAACAAACGCGUGCAAGACAACCCACGUGCCUUAAAGCGUUUGUAGCCAUUAGAGACAACAAUGGACAUAUUGGGAUUUGUGUUAAAUAUAGCAAGGACUUCCUUGCUACAUUUAACACAAGUCCCAAGCCACUGCCAUCAGAGGAUAUUAUACUUCCUAAAUUAUCAGUGCUCCCUGUCCGUAGAGGAUACUGGGGUAGUAAAAUUGGAAAACCUCACACUGUGCCGUGCACGGUCACUGGAAAAUGUGGAUCAGUAACUGUAACAAGUGCAGGUAUCAUCACCCCGUGGUAUCUGCUCCAGUUCCUACAAAAGCUACUCCAGACGGCUGGUGUUAAAGAUUGUUACACUUCUGCUCGCGGAGCAACUGGUACAUUGGGCGAUUUCGCUAAAGCAACCUAUGCUACAAUAUCUAAGAUCUAUGCCUACUUGUCACCAGACUUAUGGCGGGACAUCCCAUUGACUAAGCCACCAUAUUGUGAAUUUAAAGUCCAAAAGUAUAACAAAAUAAAAGCAGCAAGAUUCCACACUAAAUUAUGCUAUGGAAAUAACUAA